CGGCCCUCUGAAGAGACACUUUCUUCGUCAAAAGAUGGAGCCGCCGAGUCCGGCCCGCGACCGGCGCGGCGAGGCCAAGAAGGCCGACGGGCUCUUCACUCUGCAGCAGGACCCGGCGUACCAGCUCCACUUUGUCAACCAUGACAAGCCCAAGCCUGAGCGGCCCACGAACGCGGCCCUCGCGUCGCCGUCGUCACUGCGGUACGCGACCCGGUCGUCGACGCCUACGAAAGCAACGAGCGUCAAGUCGCCAAAGAAGAUCCUCGACAUUCCGCUCUUGAAGAGCCCGCCCAAGGAGAAGCGCGCGAGCGUGCGCAAGCCCGUCUUGCCGGACGUUCCGACGUCGCCCAAGCCAGGAUACGCGUCGUCGCCACUACGCUCGAAAGAACCAUCGAGUGGGCUCCAUUUUUUGCGCCAAUCGCUCUCCGAACACGAACCAUCUUCGCCUGACGUGGUCGACGACGAGCUCGUCGACGAGACGAGUGCGCCGCCGCCGCCGACGGUCGUGCCGCCCAGCGACGAGUCGGCCGACGAAGCGCUCAUCCGCGCGGCCAACCUCCAGACGGGCGAGGACGCAAUUGCCUUCUUUGCCCGCAACGGCUCCAACAGCCAGAUCAAGUUUGUGCACCUCAACCGCGCCACGUCCGUCCUCUUCCGGCCGUACGAUCUCAUGGUGGUGCGACCCCUCGACGUGCAGCCCGAGCAUUUCACCAUGUCGGCAAGCGGUCUCGUGCACAUUUUGCCGGGUUCGCCGAGCGAAUUCAUUGCGCUCGCCGAAUGGAUGCGGCAGUCGACGCUCUUCAACGUGCUCACGAGCUUUCGGUUUUACAAGUACUACUUGGUCAACAAGGCGUUUAGCGCGUGGCACGCCAAAGUCCGCUUCAAGCUCUUUUGCCGCCAGCGGAAAGCAUUGGCGUCGACCUUGUACCUUGGAAAAGCCAGCUUUAGCCUCCCGCUCUUGCAAGUGAACCGCGUCAUGAUGGACCUCCAGAGUGUUCUUCUCCUUGAUUUUCGCGCGCAAAAGACGUACGAAGCCGCGGCGUUCGUCGAGUACCAAGCGACAAAGCGAGCCGAAGCGUCCAAGCAGUUUGAAACGUGCGUCGAGAAGCUCCAAGUGAUUGCGCAAAAGGUGUGUUCGGACGUCAACAACCUCGCGCGCCAAGCCCAUCAAAACGACGACCUCAACGAUCUUGCGACGUCCGUGCACGCGGACAAGACCAAGUCGAUCGUAGCGGCCAAAACCGAGCAGCAGCAGCGCAAGAAGCUCUUGAAGCGCGCCGCUGAAGAAGCCGCGAUGCUCUGCGACUUUAUCCGGUUGAUCGACUACAUUACGACCGAGAACUUGGUCUUGUUGGCCGUGCAAAGCUGCCGCGAGUUCCUCGCCGAGCUCUCGAAAUCGCCGCGCAAAACGGGCCUGUUUGAAACGACGAUUCAUUUUGGCGACGUCGACACGGUGUUUUCACCGACGUGCGAGCAGAUCCAGGGCAUUGUCGUGUCCAUGACAGACGAUAUUGUGGCCGCCGUCAACUCGGUCUCGCGCAUCAUCUACCUUCGGCAGUUCAACCAGUACAUUGCCAAUGCGAUCUCGGACGGUCCGCACGUGGGUCCGACGAUCACAUUGAGUUUGGACUUUCGGCUCAUUCGCGGCGAACUCGUGGCCAAGAUCCUCACCGACUACCUCGAGGCCGCCGAGUACGUCAAGAUCUUUGACAGCGUCCGGCCGAUUUACGAGUACGACAAGCAGUGGGAUUUCGAGAACGACUACUCGCUCCGCGCCCACACGGUCACGUCACUCAAGACCGAUAUGCUCCAAAUUGCGACGUGGGAGAAGGAGCUCGAGAAGAUGCGGGCGGGGCAAACCAUCGGCAUUUUGCACGUCGAGAGCCGCAAGCUCAAGCAGAAUUUGAUUCCGAUGACGGCGGCCAAGCUCGACGCGAUGAAGGGUCUCGUCAAAGACCAAGCGCGGGCAAAAUGCAAGGCGCAGCUCACCGAGUACAAGCAACGUAUUCAGCUCGUGAGCCAGCGGCCGCAGCACCUCAAGGAGUUUGCGUCGCACGUCGAGCGCGUUCAAGGCCUCAAGGCGAAACAAAAAGCCCUUGUCAAGAACACCAACGUCGUCGACGAAAUGUACCGUCUACUGGGCAACUACGGCGUGCGCAUUAGCUCCGAAGACAUGGUGCAGCUCGACGACCUCCGCUCGGUCCAAGAGAGCUACAAGGAAGAGACCGAGGCUGUUGAAGUCUUUAUUCAAGGCAAGCUCGGCGAGAUGACGACGCAGCUGGAUGCCAACAUUGCGCGUCUCGACGAGCAAGUUGUGCAACAGAGCGAGGUGCUCCAAACUGGUGUCUUUAUCGACGUGGGGCAUUUCGAAGACACGAAUCUCGUGCUUGGCGAGCUCGACGUUGUCAAGCAGCGCCUUGCGCAGCUCGAAGAGAUGAGCAAGCAGUACACCGAGUACCAAGGCCUCUUCAACAUUGACCCGUACAACUACGCGAACCUCGCGACGACGCUCGACUAUUACAACACGGUCGAAGUGUUGUGGACGUCGAUUGAGAAAUGGAACGACCAGCAGCGCAACGUGCUGACGAAUCCAUUCUCGGAAGUCAACGUCGACGAGCUUGCAAAGGACGUGGCGGUCUCGUUCAAGGACGCGUACUCGAUGCACAAGAAGCUCAGCAACGAUGUGACCGCACUGCUCAAGGACAAGACGGCCGAGUUCAAGCAAAAGAUCCCGACGAUCCUCGAGCUCGGGAGCCCGAGCAUGAAGGACCGGCAUUGGGAGAAGAUCUUCAAGGCGCUCAACCAGCCGUGGUACCCAGGCAUUUCGUUCACGCUCGACAACCUCAUGCAGUACGACAUUUUCGAGUUCAAGGACCUCGUGUCCGAAGUCGCGGCCACGUCGUCCGGUGAAGCCCAAAUCGAGGCGUCGCUCAACAAGAUCAAGACCGGGUGGGAAGCCACCGAGUUUGUGUGCUUGUCGCACCGCGACUCGAAGGAAAUGUUUAUUCUGGGCGGCCUCGAAGAUAUUUUGACGCUCUUGGAAGACAACCAAGUGACGCUCCAGACGAUGAUGGGCUCCCGGUACAUCCUGGGCGUCAAGGACGAAGUCGAGCGCUGGAACAAGAAGCUCGCGCUUCUCUCCGAGACGAUCGACGAGUGGGUGACGUGCCAGCGCAACUGGAUGUAUCUCGAAACCAUCUUUUGCGCCGAAGACAUUCAAAAGCAACUGCCGAUCGAAGCCCAAAAAUUCCAGCUCGUCGACAAGAACUGGAAGACGACCAUGGGCCGAACGCACGACGACCCCGCGUGUCUCCGUGCGGUCGAGAACGGCAGCGAGAUGCUCGACCAGUUCAAGGCCUCCAACCAGCUCCUCGAAGAGAUUCAAAAAUCGCUCGAAGACUACCUCGAGACGAAGCGCAUGGCGUUUCCGCGCUUUUACUUUUUAUCGAACGACGAGCUGCUCGAAAUUCUCAGCCAAACCCGCGACCCGCGCGCUGUCCAGCCGCACCUCGGCAAGUGCUUUGAUGCGAUGAAGUCGGUGCAUUUUGAAGACAUUCCUGGGCAGUCGACGCCGAGCAACCGGAUCACGGCCAUGGUGUCGGGCGAAGGCGAGCGCGUCAACUUCCCGACCGUCGUUGUCGCGCAAGGACCGGUCGAGAUGUGGCUCCUCGAGGUUGAGAAAGCCAUGCGCCACAGUCUGUAUACAGAAGCCUUCAACUCGUUCUCGUCGUACCCAGAAGAUCAUGCAAUUGACCGCAAGGAGUGGCUCUUUGCCUACCCGUCCCAAGUCAUCAUCAUGAUCGACCAAGUGUUUUGGACGAAAAAUGUGUCGCGGGCCAUCGCGGCGGUCGAGAGCGGCGAAGACAGCGCGGCCGUCGACGCAUUCCUCGAAUUUAGCCUCGCGCAGAUCGACGGCAUGGUCAUCCUCGUCCGAAGCGACUUGAGCAAACUCCAGCGCAUCCUCAUGGGGGCGCUCAUCACGAUCGACGUCCACGCACGCGACGUGGUCCGGUCGUUGAUUGCCAACAAGAUAUCGUGCCUCACAGAUUUCGAGUGGACGCGACAAUUGCGCUACUACUGGGAGGCGGAUGUCAACAAUUGCGUGUGCCGUCAAACCAACACGCGCUUCCUCUAUGCGUACGAGUACCUCGGGAAUACGCCGCGGCUCGUGAUUACGCCGCUCACGGACAUUUGCUACAUGACGCUCACGGGCGCGCUGCACCUGCGGCUCGGAGGCGCCCCCGCGGGCCCCGCCGGCACGGGCAAGACCGAGACGACCAAAGAUCUCGCCAAGGCCCUCGCGGUGCAGUGCGUCGUCUUCAACUGCUCGGACGGUCUCGACUACAAGAUCAUGGGCCGGUUCUUCUCGGGGCUGGCGCAGGCCGGCGCGUGGGCGUGCUUUGACGAGUUCAACCGCAUCGACAUUGAAGUGCUCAGUGUCAUUGCGCAGCAGAUUCUGUGCAUUCAACAAGCGAUCAUCUGCAACGCCGACCAAUUCGACUUUGAAGGCAAACUCAUUCGGCUCAACACGGGCUUUGGGGUCUUUAUCACAAUGAACCCGGGGUACGCGGGUCGAACCGAGCUGCCCGACAACCUCAAGGCGCUCUUCCGACCGGUCGCAAUGAUGGUGCCCGACUAUCGUCUCAUCGCUGAAAUCGUGCUCUUCUCCGAGGGCUUUGCCAACGCACUUCCGCUCUCGCACAAGAUGACGCAGCUCUACUCGCUCUCGUCCGAGCAGCUGAGCAAGCAAGAUCACUACGAUUUUGGCAUGCGCGCGGUCAAGAGUGUCCUCGUCGCGGCCGGGCAGCUCAAGCGCAAGUGGCCGGAAACCCACGAGGACUUGCUCUUGAUCCGCGCGAUGCGCGACUCGAACGUCCCGAAAUUCCUUGAGGCCGAUUUGCCGCUCUUCCGCGGUAUCAUUUCCGACUUGUUUCCGGGUGUCGUCGUCCCGUUCGUCGACUAUGGCGUGCUCCAAAACGCGAUCGAAACGCAGCUCGAGGCCCUUAACCUCCAGCAAGUCGCUUCGUUUGUCAUCAAAGCCAUUCAAGUGCACGAAACGCAGCUCGUGCGCCACGGCAUGAUGCUCGUCGGCGAGGCCGGCAGCGGCAAGUCGACCAACGCCAUGAUCUUGGCCCGCGCCUUGUCCUCGCUGUAUGCCGACGGUGUCGUCGACCGCGACGGCUUUUACAAGACAGUGACUCGACUGAUUCUGAACCCCAAGAGUAUCUCGGCCGGCCAGCUCUACGGCGAGUUCAAUCUGCUCACGUCCGAGUGGACGGACGGGCUCGUCCCCAAGCUGGUGCGCCAAGCCGUCACGGAAGCCGCCGAGUCGGACGCGCGCAAUUGGGUCAUUUUUGACGGACCUGUCGACGCCGUCUGGAUCGAGAACAUGAACACGGUCCUCGACGACAACAAGACGUUGUGUCUGAGCAACUCGGAGCGCAUCAAGUUGCCGUCGACGCUCCACAUGAUGUUUGAAGUGCAGGACCUCCGCGUCGCGUCGCCGGCGACCGUGAGCCGGUGCGGCAUGGUGUACAUGGAGCAAGUGCACGUGGGUCUCCUAUCGCUCGCAAGGACGUGGAAGGUCAACGUGCUCGACACGUUUGCAUCGGCCGAGGUCGCGUCGACGCUCCUCGAGCUCAUCGAGACGCACGUGCCGGUCGCGAUUGGCUUUGUGCGAGCAAAGUGCAAGGAAAAGAUCCCGAGCAACAACGGCAACCUCAUGACGUCCUUUCUCAACUUACUCGCGUCCUGUCUCCGCGCUGCGAUUUCGGGCGCCGCGGCCGGCACCGACAUUGGGUCGCUCGCGCGCAUGUACUUUAUCUUUAGCCUCACGUGGAGCGUCGGCGCCAACAUUGACGACGCGUCCCGACCGCGCUUUCACGCAUUCUGCCUCGACCAACUCCGCAGUUUGUUUGAGUUUGUCGGCCCGAUUGACAAUGUGUACAAUGUGGCCAUUGACGACGUGAACGCGAACUGGGUCUCGUGGGUGCACCGCACGCCGCACUUCAAGUAUGACGCGUCGUUGUCAUACUUUUCGAUGCUCGUGCCGACGCAAGACACGACGCGGUUCCGGUACCUGCUGGAGCGUCUCAUGUCCAACAACCACCACGUGCUUUACAGUGGCGAGACGGGCGUCGGGAAGAGCGUCGUGAUUCAGUCGUUUCUAGAUGAAAUGGCCAAGACCGACAACUUUGUCGCGGCAACCAUGGGCUACAGUGCGCAAACCAAGCCCGCGAAUCUCAACGAAAUGCUCGAACUCAAACUCGAAAAGAAGCGCAAGAAUCUUCUCGGGCCGCCCUCGGGCAAGAAGAUGCUCAUGUUCAUCGACGACCUCAACAUGCCGGCGCUCGAGGUCUACGGCGCGCAGCCCCCCAACGAGCUCCUUCGUCAAGUUAUUGACCAGAACGGGUACUAUGAUACGGACAAGAUGUUCUUCAAGAACGUGACCAACGUCGUCUUUGCGGCCGCGUGCGCGCCCCCCGGCGGCGGGCGCAGCGAGGUAACGCCCCGUUUGAUACGGCACUUCCACAUGGUCUGGAUCCCGAAUCUGUCGCCGGACGCCAUGACUCAAAUCUUCGUCUCGAUCCUCAGCGGGUUUCUCGAGCUCGAAGUGCCGUCCCUCGCGCACAUGGGCCGGCCGAUCGUCUCGGCCAGUGUCCAGCUCUACCAGCGCGUCGAGGCCGAGUUGCUUCCGACGCCGUCCAAGUCGCACUACACGUUCAACCUCCGCGAUCUCUCCAAAGUGUUUCAAGGGGUCCUCAUGAUCACGAAGGAGCAUGCGUCGUCGAUUGACGCGCUCGUUCAGCUCUGGCUGCACGAAGAAGCGCGGGUCUUCCGGGACCGUCUCAUCGACGGUGCCGAUCGCACGUGGUUCAACACGGCGUGCGCGGCGCUGCUGGAGACGCAUUUGCAGUUGUACUGGGAACCUUCAACGUUUGAGCAUCUCUUGUAUGGCGAUUUUGUGUCGCGCGACAACAAGAAGUACCAGAGCAUUGACGACAUGGGCCGCCUCAACACGCUCCUGCUCGAGUACCUUGAAGAGUACAACAUUACGUUUCCAAGCCAAAUGUACCUCGUCUUCUUCAACGACGCGAUCCACCACGUGAGCCGCAUCUGCCGCAUUCUGCGCCAGCCGCGCGGGAACGCGCUGCUCGUCGGCGUCGGCGGGUCGGGGCGACAGAGUUUGACGCGCCUCGCGGCCUUUAUGGCCGACUACAAGUGCUUCUCGAUCGAGAUCACGCGCGGGUACGGCCCCAACGAAUUCCACGAAGACCUAAAGAAAAUUCUCAUGGUCGCUGGCGCCGAGGCCAAGCCCGUGGUAUUUCUCUUCUCGGACACGCAAAUCGUCGUCGAGUCGUUCUUGGAGGACAUCAACAAUGUGCUCAACACGGGCGACGUCCCGAAUCUGUAUGCGGCUGACGAAAUGGAGAAGAUCGUGGGCAUGGUCCGGCCGCUCGCCGCGGCGCUCGGCAAGAUGACGCGCGAAGACAUUAUUGCGCACUACAUUAUGCUCGUGCGCGAGAAUUUGCACAUGGUGCUCGCGUUUUCGCCGAUCGGCGGCGGGUUCCGGAACCGGUGCCGCAUGUUUCCAUCGCUCGUCAAUUGCUGCACGAUCGAUUGGUUCUCGGCGUGGCCCGAAGACGCGCUCAACUCGGUCGCGAUUCGGUUCCUUGCGGCCGCCGCCGAAGAGCUCGGCAUUGACAAGCACGUGCAGUCGCUCUGCGGCAUGGCCGUCACGAUCCAUCGCAGCGUCGAAGUCGCGACCGCCAAGUACUUUAAGGAGCUCAAGCGCCAAACGUACACGACGCCGACCUCGUACCUCGAGCUCAUUCGGCUCUACGUCGACAUGCUCCGCACGCAGCGCGGGCUGGUCAAGGCCAAGGAAGCGCGGUACCGCGGUGGUCUCAAGAAGCUUGCCGAGACCGAGGACAUUGUCGGAAAUUUGAAAGUCGAGCUUACGGAGCUCCAACCCGUCCUUGUCAAGAGCCAAAAGGAGACGUCGGACCUCCUGAUCCAAGUGAGCAAGGACCAGGAGGAAGCCGAUAAGCAACAAGUGCUCAUUGAAGCGGACGUGCGCGCGGCCAACUUGAUUGCCGAUGAAGUCAAGAUCAUCAAAGAUGACUGUCAGAAGGAUCUGGACGAAGCGAUGCCAGCGUACUACGCUGCGAUCGGCGCACUCAACUCGCUCAAGAAGGACGACAUUACGGUGCUCAAGACGUUUACGAACCCCCCCAAGAUGGUCGGCGUCACGCUCAAUGCAGUCUGCCUUCUCUUUGGCGCCAAGCAAGAGUGGAAUGAAGCGAAGAAGCUCUUGAACGACAUGAAGUUCCUCGACAAGCUCAAGGAGUACGACAAGGACAACAUUCCGACAAAGACGAUUCGGCAAUUGGCCAAAUUCAUGCAAGACGACGAGUUUACGCCCGAGAACCUCUCGUCCAUCUCGUCGGCCGCCACGUCGCUCUGCAUGUGGGUGCGCGCCAUGUACACGUACGACACGGUCGCCAAGAACAUUGGCCCCAAGAAGGAAAAGCUCAAGGCCGCGGAGGCGUCGCUCGCCGAAGAGCAGGCAAAGCUCGAUGUCAAGCAAGCAGGUUUGAACGAAGUGCUGGCCAAAGUGGCUGCGCUCAAGCGCACACUCCAAGGCGCCCAAAAGAAAAAGUCGGAUUUGGAGGCCCAGACGUCGCUGACGCAAGCCCAGCUCGUGCGCGCCGAGAAGCUCAUCGAUUCGCUGGGCGAAGAGAAAGGACGGUGGAGCGACUGCGCCGACUCGCUCAAGAUCGACAUGGUCAACCUCGUCGGCAACAUGAUCUUGUCGUCGGGCUGCAUUGCGUAUCUCGGGCCGUUCACGGCCGAGUUUCGCCACGAGCUCCAGACCAUGUGGGUGAGCUGCUGCAAGGAGCUCAACUUGCCCGUCGAUUCGAACUUCAGCCUCGAGCGCAUCUUAAGCGACCCGGUCGUUGUGCGGGAGUGGAACAUCAUGGGGCUCCCGGCCGACGCUUUCUCGACCGAGAACGGGCUCUUUGCGACCAUGGGUCGUCGCUGGCCGCUCAUGAUCGACCCGCAAGGCCAAGCCAACAAGUGGAUCAAGAACAUGUACAAGACGAGCAACCUCCAGAUCAUCAAGCUGUCGGAGAAGGAUUUCUUGCGCACGCUCGAAAAUGCCAUUCGGUACGGCAUGCCGGUCUUGCUCGAGAACGUCGAGGAGGAGCUCGACCCGAGCUUGGAGCCGGUCUUGCUCAAGCAAGUGUUCAAGCGGUCGGGCCAAAACCUGCUGCAUUUGGGCGACGCCGACAUUCCGUACUCGGACGCAUUCCGGUUUUAUAUUACGACCAAGCUGGCCAACCCGCAUUACAUGCCCGAGGUGUGCAUCAAAGUGACCGUCAUCAACUUUACCGUCACGCUCACGGGGCUUGAAGACCAGCUGCUUGUCGACGUGGUCCGCAACGAGCGCCCUGACUUGGAGCAAAAGAAGGACGAGCUCACGGUCGCGAUUGCGAGCGACAAGAAGGCGCUGAAGGAAAUCGAGGACAAGAUCUUGUACAUGCUCGAAAACUCCAAGGGCAACAUUUUGGACGACGAAGAGCUUAUCGACACGCUGGCGCACUCGAAAGUGACGUCGAGUGCGAUCAAAACGCGCAUGUCGGAAGCCGAAGUGACCUCGAAAGAAAUCAACACGACGCGCGAAGGCUACCGCUGCGUCGCGGUCCGCGGGUCGAUCAUCUACUUUGUGAUUGCCAAUCUUGCGCUCGUGGACCCCAUGUACCAGUACUCGCUGCAAUACUACCAAAAGCUCUUCGUGAUGCGCCUCGAAGCAAGCCCCAAGUCGGACGUGCUCUCGGAGCGGCUCGAGAUUCUCAUGAACGACGUGACCAUGUCCAUGUACGUCAACGUCUGCCGCGGGCUCUUUGAGAAGGACAAGGUCAUCUUUGCCUUUAUGAUUGUCGCAUCGAUCCUUCGCCAGCGCCACGCGAUUUCGGCGGCCGAGUGGAACUUUUACCUCAUUGGCGCCAAACGAACACACCCGCUGGACGCCAGCGCCAAGCCGUCGUGGGUCCCCGAGCGAGUGUGGAUCGGCCUCGAGACGCUGCUGGAAGUCAACCCCGACGCGUUUGGCCCCGUGAUUCCGUCGCUCAACGACUUUACAACGUCGUGGAAAGAGUCCAUCUUGUACUCGGAGCUGCCGCACCAAGAGCCCAUUCCUGGUAGUCUCAACGAGUCGCUCACGAAUUUUCAAAAGCUCUUGCUUCUCCGCGUCUUUCGGGAAGAAAUGCUCGUCUUUGGCACGCGCGAGUUUGUCGGGCGCGAAGCCGGCGCAUUUUUCACCGAGUCGCCGCCGUUCGACUUGAAGGGCUGCUACACGGACUCGGCGCCGGACAUUCCGCUCAUCUUUGUGCUCAGUCCUGGCGCCGACAUCACCGACUACCUCCUCGAACUCGCCAAAGCCGAAGGCAAAGACGGAGCGGGGCUCAAGAUCAUUUCGCUUGGCCAAGGCCAAGGGCCGAUCGCCGAGGCCUUGAUGAAGCAAGCGCGCGAAACGGGCGAGUGGGUCUGUCUCCAAAACUGCCACCUGGCCGUGAGCUGGCUCGGCAAGCUCGAGCAGAUUCUCGAGAAAAGCAAGGAGCUCGAGAUCCACAGCGAAUUUCGACUUUGGCUCACGAGCAUGCCCAGCUCCAAAUUCCCAGUCCCGAUUCUGCAAAAUGGUAUCAAAAUCACCAACGAACCGCCGAAAGGCAUGCGCGCGAACCUCGGACGCACGUUUCUCGACAUGAAGGAGACCGACUACGAGGGCUGCACAAAGCCGCGCGAGUACAAGAAGUUUAUCUUUGCCCUCGCGUUCUACAACGCGCUGUGCUUGGAGCGACGCAAGUUUGGCGCUGUCGGCUGGAACAUCCCGUACGAAUGGAUGAACUCGGACCUCAAGACGGGCAUGCAGCAAGUCAAACUAUACCUCGAGGAGCAAGACGAAGUCCCGUUCAUUACGCUCAACGUCAUGGUCGCCGACAUUACGUACGGUGGCCGCAUCACCGAUCGCUGGGACAAGCGCACCAACUCGUCGCUCAUGCGCAAGCUCUUUCACGACGAGCUUCUCGACGACGACUACAAGUUUGCCUCGUCGGCAACGUACUUUGCACCGGCCACCGGGUCGCUCGACGAGUGCCGCAAGUAUGUGACGUCGCUUCCGAACGUCGACGCGCCCGACAUAUUUGGCCUCCACGCCAACGCCGACAUUACGUUUCAGCAAAAGGAGACUAGCAUGCUCCUCUCGACGAUGCUGUGCAUGCUCGGCGGCGGCGGUGGCGGCGGCGGCGAAGCCAGCGAGAGCGACGACUUGGUCAUGGAACUCGUGCUCGCGAUCCAAGGCCGCAUUCCCGACGCGUUCGACGAAGCGUCGGCGCACCCCGAGACGUUCAAAGAAACGUCCGGAAGCCGCAAUUCGCUCGGCGUCUUCCUCGGCCAGGAGCUCAUUCGCUUCAACGGCCUCAUGCACGUCAUGAAGAGCACGCUCGAGAGUCUCAAGCGCGCGAUCAAGGGCCUCGUCGUCAUGUCCGGGCCGCUCGAACGCAUGUACAGCGGCUUCCUCCUCCAGAAAAUCCCAAAAGAGUGGGAGGACGCCGGGUACCCGUGCCUCAAGCCGCUCUCGUCGUGGACCGAAGAUUUCUUCCGGCGCCUUGAGGUCCUCGGCGAUUGGCUUGUACACGGCCCGCCCGUGAGCUACUGGCUGCCCGGGUUCUUCUUUCCGCAAGGGUUUAUGACUGGCGUCAAGCAAGUGUUUUCGCGCGAGCACAAGAUCGCGAUCGACGCGCUCAUCGUCACUUGCGAGGUGCUUGGCUACGGCCCCGAAGGCGCAAAGGCUCCACCACCCUUUGGCGUCUACAUCUUUGGACUCUUUAUGGAAGGCGCGCGCUUUGACCGCAAUACGAUGCAGAUCGGCGAGUCCAAGCCCGGCGAGCUCUUUGAUAAGAUGCCCAUCAUCUGGCUCAAGCCCACGCGGAGCAUCGAGUACAAGCCCAAAGAUGUGUACGAGUGUCCGCUGUACAAGACGUCGACGCGCGCCGGGACGCUCUCGACGACGGGGCACUCGACCAACUUUGUCGUCGCCCUCGACAUUCCGAGCAAGAAGAGCCAGGACCAUUGGAUUCGGCGCGGCUGCGCGAUGCUGUGCAUGCUCGACACCUAGUCCUUGUAGAUAUAUAUAGUGCGAUGCAUGCUAGGAAAUAUACACUGUCGCAGCA